GAGGCUAUUUUCGUCAUACCGAGCACAUUCUCUCUCUCUCUCGCUCUCUCUCUCUCUCUCGUCAGUCUUUUGUCCUGAUCAACAUGAACUACGAUCAAAGGCUCAUCGCGGCGGCGAAGUUCGUCUUCGCCGCAGACUCACGAGCAGGCCACUCUCCGGUCAACCCCGCCGACUUUGGCGUUACGGCCACGCUUAAACCUCACCAAAUCGAAGGACUUUCAUGGCUGAUACAAAGAUAUCAGAUAGGCGUCAAUGUCAUUCUCGGAGAUGAGAUGGGACUGGGGAAAACUUUGCAAGCUAUUUCUUUCUUGAGCUAUUUGAAAGUUUGUCAGAUGUCACCUGGGCCAUUUUUGGUUUUAUGUCCUCUCAGUGUGACUGAUGGUUGGGUAUCAGAGGUGGCCAAUUUCGCUCCAAGUUUAAGAGUCCUUCGCUAUGUUGGAGAGAAGGAUCAUCGAUGCUAUCUACGCAGGAAAAUGUCUGAGCAUGUAAAAGAGCAGUCUUCACAGUCUGAUGUACUGUCGUUUCCUUUUGAUGUGCUAUUGACUACGUACGACAUAGCAUUGAUGGAUCAGGAUUUUCUUUCUCAAAUACCAUGGCAUUAUGCAAUUAUUGAUGAAGCUCAAAGACUUAAAAACCCUUCCAGUGUAUUGUAUAAUGUACUCAGAGAGCGCUUUGUCAUGCCAAGACUGUUAUUGAUGACUGGCACUCCUAUUCAGAACAAUCUCACUGAACUUUGGGCUUUAAUGCAUUUUUGUAUGCCUUCAAUCUUUGGGACGCUGGAGCAGUUCCUUUCUACAUUUAAGAAAGCUGGAGAUCCUUUAUCAGGUCAUGAUGCAGCUGAAGUUAAGGGACUAUUUAAAAUCUUGAAAUAUAUAUUGGGAGCUUUUAUGCUUCGAAGAACAAAAUCUAAGCUUAUUGACUCUGGAACUCUUGUGCUGCCACCUCUUACUGAGAUCACAGUGAUGGCACCCUUGGUGAACCUGCAAAAGAAGGUGUACAUGUCAAUAUUGAGAAAGGAGCUUCCCAGACUUCUUGCAUUCUCUUCUGGAGCUUCUAAUCAUCAAUCCUUGCAGAAUAUUGUAAUGCAGUUACGAAAAACAUGCAGCCAUCCUUACCUCUUCCCUGGUAUUGAGCCUGAGCCUUAUGAAGAGGGCGAACACCUGGUUCAGGCCAGUGGUAAACUUAUAAUCUUGGACCAGCUACUUAAAAAGCUACAUGACACUGGACAUCGUGUUCUUCUGUUUGCUCAAAUGACCCAUACACUUGACAUAUUACAGGAUUUCAUGGAGUUAAGGAAAUAUUCUUAUGAGCGUCUAGAUGGAUCAAUUCGGGCAGAGGAGCGCUUUGCUGCAAUAAGAAGUUUCAGUCAGCAAUCAGUCAAAGGGAGUUUUAAGCCUGAAGCUGAUCAAAGUGGUGCAUUUAUCUUUAUGAUUUCUACAAGAGCUGGGGGAGUUGGCCUGAAUCUUGUUGCUGCUGAUACAGUUAUAUUUUAUGAGCAAGACUGGAAUCCCCAGGUCGAUAAACAGGCUCUUCAGCGGGCACACCGGAUUGGUCAGAUAAAUCAUGUCUUGUGUAUAAACUUAGUUACUGGACAAACAGUUGAGGAGGUUAUCCUUCGGAGAGCAGAGAAAAAGUUGCAGCUAAGCCAUAAUGUUGUAGGAGAGGAUCUUAUGGACCAUGAAGGAAAAGAAACAACAGGAGCUGAAGCUGGUGACUUGAGAUCUGUCAUAUUUGGUUUAAAUUUGCUUGAUCCUACAGAGAUGAGUAAUGAACAACCUGAUCAACUGAAUAUGUCCGAAUUGCAUGUUAUGGUUGAAAAGGUAAUUGCAUUGCGCUACAAACAACAAUCAGACAAGGAUGAUAGGAAGUUUGAGGUCAAUCCAAUGGAUCUAUUAAAUGGACAUGACCUUGUGAAAAAAGAUCCCACUUCUGUUGCUUAUCCUGGUUUUGAUGAAGCUUCAUAUCUCUCAUGGGUUGAGAAGUUCAAAGAAGCAUCAGAGUCACGUGAUAGUCCUGUUUUGGAGUUGGGAAAUAGGAGAAACUUACCUGAGGAAAAGCAACAGAGAGCUGAGGCUGCAAGGAAGAAUGCAGAGGAGAAGAAAGUGUCCAAAUGGGAAGCUCUUGGAUACCAUUCCUUGUCUGUCAAUGAUCCUAUCUGCCCUCCCAAUGGUGAUAUGAUGUCAGAUUCAGGUUCUGUUCAUUUUGUUUAUGGAGACUGCACACGUCCAUCAAAAAUUUGUCCAUCAGAUCCUGCAAUCAUAUUCAGCUGUGUUGAUGACUCUGGAAACUGGGGCAACGGAGGUAUGUUUGAUGCGCUGGAAAAACUUUCAGCAAGUGUCUCAAGUGCAUAUCAUCGAGCUUCUGAAUUUAAGGACCUUCAUCUUGGUGACCUUCAUCUUAUAGAAAUCGAAGAGGAUCAUGAUGAACAAACCAAUUAUGGUAAUGCUCCUCAAUGGGUGGCAUUGGCUGUUGUACAAUCAUACAAUCCUAAGCGUAAAGUUCCUCGCAGCAAUAUCUCUAUUCCUGAUUUGGAGCGUUGCCUAUUAAAAGCAUCAUUCUCAGCUGCCCAAAAUUCUGCUUCAAUCCAUAUGCCACGAAUUGGGUAUCAAGAUGGAUCAGAUCGGUCAGAAUGGUAUACCGUUGAGCGUCUUCUACGGAAAUAUGCUGCUUUAUAUGGCAUAAAGAUUUUUGUGUAUUAUUUUCGACGUUCAUCUUGAGGCCGGAGGCUGAACAGUGUAUUUAGCAAUUGCCACUAACAUAUCCAUGGUGUUGUAUCUUUUAGAUAAUUGACAAUGAAUUAUGUUGACUUCAUUCCAUGUUUGUGAACGUUCCAACUUCACUUUCAAUUUGCCGUCUUUGCUUUAGCUGGAGUGUUUGGAAAUCAGCCUUGUCAAUAGGGUGUUUGAAUGCAUAUUUUCCUUUACAGGUACAGGUGAUAUGCCGUCUCCAAGGAUGUAGCUUGGGAAGUUUAGAAGCUGAAGGCUUAUUUUUGUUGUUACCUUUUUGUAUUAUAUGUAAUUCAAGCUAAGGGCUUAAUAUGUUAAGAGUUAGAGCUCUCUUUUGUUGUAACCAAGUGUUGACUUGGAAAGUUGUAAGCCCGUAGGGCAUUUACUUUUGUUGUUAACAUGUAAUAUUUUUGUAAUGAACACUCUGAUAAAUGAAUAUAUGUUUAUUUCUCCUA